GGAUAUGAAAAAUCUCAUGAUAAGAUAUGCAGCUAGCGUUGCUAAGCCAGGAUAAUAAUUCCUUGUUUUGUUCGGUGCACCAGGAGUUGGUAAAGGAACAUUUGCAAAGUUAUUGAUCAACGAUACUAAAUUUAACCACAUAUCGACAGGAGAUGAAAUUCGUAAGAUUUUGAAAGGCAAUACAUCCAAAUCAUUUGAUCCAAAAUUAAUCGCUACAAUUAAAGACAUCGUAGCAAAGGGUGGUCUUGUGUCAGAUGAGAUUGUGAUGAACAUCUUGUAAGAAAAGUUAAAGGAGCCAGAGUCUGCAAAGGGAGUAAUAUUGGAUGGAUUCCCAAGAACAUUAAGAUAAUUGGACUUGUAUGAAAAGAUUUUACCAACAAAUGUGGUUGUUAAUGUGACUUUAAGAGGAGAUAUUUUGCUUGAAAAAUUAGCUGCUCGUCGUACUUGUGUUGGUUGUGGAACAGCUUUCAAUGUGUGUGACAUCAAUAGAGAUGGUUAUGUUAUGGAGCCAUUAAAUCCAAAGAAGGAAGGAAUCUGUGAUGCUUGUGGUGGUAAAUUAGUGGUUAGAGAUGAUGAUAAGAAAGAAGUUAUUGAAUAAAGAAUGAAGGAAUAUGACGAAAAGACUCAUCCCUUAUUAGAUAGAUACAGAGCCAUGGGUGUGGUUGUUGAUUUUGAAGUCAAGAAAGGAAAGAAAGAUUAUCCAAGAUUAUGGGAUUUGGUUAAAUAAAAAUUAAGAAUUUGA